CCCGGGACGCAGGGAGGGGGCCGCGCGGAGACGGAGGGAGGGGCGGAGCCGCCUUCCAGAGUCACUGGAGGACGCGACAGCCCAAAGCUGAUAAAUAAGGGGCCAGGAGGCGGCUGCGGGCCAAGUUGGACGCCCCGACCAGUGCGAGGGCCAGGCAAGCGCCCGCCCCGCGAGGCGAAGCGAGGCGACCCCCGUGCGGCCAUGGCCUCGCUGCUGGGAACUUACCCGUGGCCCGAGGGGCUCGAGUGCCCGGCUCUGGAAGCCGAGCUGUCUGAUGGGCUGUCGCCGCCUGCGGCCCCGCGCCCUCCAGGGGACAAGGGGUCGGAGAGCCGUAUCCGGCGGCCCAUGAACGCCUUCAUGGUGUGGGCCAAGGACGAGAGGAAACGUCUGGCGGUGCAGAACCCGGACCUGCACAACGCCGAGCUCAGCAAGAUGCUGGGAAAGUCCUGGAAGGCGCUGACGCUGUCGCAGAAGAGGCCCUACGUGGACGAGGCGGAGCGGCUGCGCCUGCAGCACAUGCAGGACUACCCCAACUACAAGUACCGCCCGCGCAGGAAGAAGCAGGCCAAGCGCCUCUGCAAGCGCGUGGACCCCGGCUUCCUCCUGAGCUCCCUUUCCCGGGACCAGAACGCCCUGCCCGAGAAGCGGGGCGCCAGCCGGGAGGCGUUGGGGGACAAAGAGGACAGGGGUGAGUACUCCCCGGGCGCGGCCCUGCCCAGCCUGCGGGGCUGCUACCACGAGGGGCCGGCGGGCGGCGGCACCCCGGGCAGCACGGACACGUACCCCUACGGGCUGCCCACGCCCCCGGAAAUGUCGCCCCUGGACGUGCUGGAGCCGGAGCAGACCUUCUUCUCCUCCCCCUGCCAGGAGGAGCACGCGCACUCCCGCCGCAUCCCCCACCUGCCCCGGCCCCCUUACUCCCCCGAGUACGCCCCCAGCCCUCUCCACUGCCGGCACCCGCUGGGCUCCCUGGCCCUCGGCCAGUCCCCGGGCGUCUCCAUGAUGUCCACUGUUCCCGGCUGUCCCCCGUCUCCUGCCUAUUACUCCCCGGCCACCUACCCGCCUCUCCACUCCAACCUUCACGCCCACCUGGGCCAGCUCUCCCCGCCUCCCGAGCACCCCGGCUUUGAUGCGCUGGAUCAGCUGAGCCAGGUGGAACUCUUGGGGGACAUGGAUCGUAAUGAGUUCGACCAGUAUUUGAACACUCCCGGCCACCCUGACUCUGCUGCAGGGGCCGUGGCUCUCGGCGGGCAUGCCCCGAGCUCUCAGGCGACACCCACGGGCCCCACAGAGACCAGCCUCAUCUCCGUGCUGGCCGACGCCACGGCCACGUACUACAACAGCUACAGCGUGUCCUAGAGCCCGGCCGCCCGCCCUGCCCUGCCUGGACGCCGCCACUCUCCGUCCUGCGCACUGAGCAGAGCCACCUCGCGGUGCUGCAGCCCGGGGCGGGCGCGUCUGCCCUGCGGGUGCUGCGAUCCGGAAUCCGCAGGUCCGAGGACCCUCUCUACCCCCUUCCCUGCCUGCCCCACUCCCCGAAGUCUGCAUUCUGAGUAUAUUCCUUCAAAUGAGUCUGCACCGGCUACACCUAGGAAUAAGGCAAGGUCGUUGCUGAGAGACGCUGGUUCCAAGGUAGAAUUUUCACAGACCUCGCCUCCCUGUCCCCAUCUCAAAAACGAAUGUGCAAGAAGCCCAGCAGCACCGACACCGCCCAGGCUCCGACACAGCCGCACGGAUGCAGCCGAACUUGGGGUCUUCAUGCGGAGGGAACCGUGGGCUGGGAUCCAGGGACCCAGGAUCCUCAGAGGGCUGGUGACACCCCAGCUGGCCUCUCCUCCCCUUCCAGCCUGCACCCCCAUCUGUAAAGUGAGGGGCACAAUUGACAUCCAAGGUCCCUUCUGCUCCAGGGUUUUCUGACUUUGGAUUCUUGAAAGGCUGAAAGGAAAACGAGGUUUGACUCAACCAACUGGUUAAGGUGUAACCUGUGAUGAUUCCCUGGGCACAGCCCAGGGCUUUCUGCACUUGUACUGCAUCUGGUCUUAGUCAUCCAGAUGGACUCCUUUCCAAUUUGAGAAAAGAAAACACUCACCUUGACUUGGGAAAUUUACCGCUGGGGUUGGCUGUGUCGCUGAAAAUGAGAUUGAUUCAACCUGUAUUUUUUAAGUAUAUUUUAUAUGGUUUUUUUUAAUUAUGCACACAUUUCCAGAGAGUAUCUGCAGCCUGAACAGAUGCAGUCAGUGUGUGAGACGCGCAGCACGCACCCCUGCAUGCACACACACCCUCACAUGCAUGCCUGUGCAGCCCACGUCAGACACUCUUGUUGACAUUGGCAGCUUUUUGUCAACUCCCUAUUUCUAAUGACCCAAAGAACAGGGGACCUAAAAAGAAUUUCCCCUCUUCUCAAGGUGUUGUUUUCUUGAGCAAAAGUCCAACUCCCCUCUGCAGACGCAUCUCCAACUCCUUCUCUGCCUCUCCUGCGGUUGUUUUUGUUUCCGAGUUUGUUUUCCCUUUGCUCUUCCUCCAUACCUGACUCGGCCACUAACUGAAAGAUUCCAAGACUGACGAUGCCCAUGGCUGGGGCGGGAGUUCACCCUCCUCACCAGCCAGAUGGUUCUUCAGGUCACAUCCUCACACGGCACUUUAACACGACUUCUCCACGGCACCUUCGCUGUGCUCGCUUCCCAAAGAGCAGAGACCCACUGUGAUCCAGAGCAGGUUUCUGAGCCCCGCCCCUCACCCCGCAUCAUUGCUGUCUUUCGCUCAGACUUCCUUCGAACGGACAUACCUAACAGUGAGCAAAAAGGCAGUUAGUUGUUUGUCUAUUAAUGUCAGCAUAUUAUUGCUUGUAUGAAAUAUGUUUUAUAUAUUCUCCUAUUAUUUUCACCUUCUAUUUUGUAUUGUUGAAAGAUCCUUUUUUUUUCCUUCCAAGGAGUCCAAUUGUAAAGUCACUUAUAAAAUAUGCUUAAUCUUUAUGCUGUUACUGUAUACAAUGUUUGGUAAUAAAUAGUAAAUCACUGGCAGGAUGAUAGACUGGCACCGUCUGGAACGUGUAUUAAUGUUAUCUUGUAAAACAUGAUCACAGAUGUGAAGCUGAACUGUCCAUUUUCUGCUAAGAACUACACAUACUUUGGGAUGGUUGUAGAUAUUGAUUUGUCUAAAAUAUUUAAUUUAAAUAAACACUUUUUGUAUAAUGA